AUGCCGAAGCUUCAGCAGCUGCUGCUUCACGACAACGUUCUUAUGGGCACGCUGCCACAGGUCAUCCGUGCUCAACGGCUGGAGGUGCUAACUUUGCACAACAAUGCGCUUUCGGGUGUUCUGCCUGGGCGUUUAUCUGAGCUCAAGAAUCUGGGCAUCCUGACCCUGCAUGGUAACUUGCUCUCAGGAUCCAUUGGGGAUCUGAGCCUUACAGGGCCAUGCCUUGACAACCCUCAUUUCGAGCUACACGGUUUGACUUGCUGGGACUGGGCAGAUGAUCCUGUGGACCCAUGCAACACACUGGCAUCCUUCGCAUUGACACCUACUGAGCUGGCUGAGCUGAUCCACAACUGCCCCAGCUCCUGCCAUAGGUGUGAUCAGCUGAAGGAAGAGCCGAAGGUCACGCUUCACAGAAACAUCUUUUCCUGCAGUAUACCUCCCAACAUAACAAGUGGCAACGUGCUUGCCACGGUGGUCAUGGGCAACAUGAUCGGAGAUGGCCACCCUCUGCCAACCUGGGUCUCAGAUGAGGAGCAGCAGGAGUUCCUAUACUUCUCAGCUCGAGCACACAGGAGCAAUCUCUUCAUCAGCUGUGGCAUGACGGUCGUGGUACUGGGUUUGGUCUUCGGUCGUGGCCAGGUUUGGAAGGCGCUCUUCCAGGCUUCCCGGCACGCCCAGACUGACACAGGCUUGCAGGUCCUCGUGGCGGAGUCCUGCUUCGGUGUGCUUCGCUUCAGCGCUUUUUCGUCCUUCCUGUGUUUUGCAAUCAUUCCUGUUUACAUCUGGGGAGCUGGCUACUACAGUUGUGGGCAGCCACUGGGUCGGACGACUGCGGCCUACCUGACUGGGUCGUGGGAGUCCAUGGUCAUCAGCCUUUCCUGGAGCUUGCUGACCUUAUUCUUCGCAGCAGCAGUUGCUGCUUUGCCGCGGCAACGCUCAACAGGAGCUCCUCCUGCUCUGGAAGGGGCAUCCGCUCGCAAACGGGUCGUCUUCUGGAUCCUGUGGCUGGCAGUGGUGUGUCUCAUAUCCGUGCCAUCCAUUCUCUAUGCCGUGGCGCAGGCACUUCCAGCCAACAACACCUCCGGGCUGAGCAACAAGACAUUGCAAUUCGCACACGCCGCCGCUCCUGUUCUGAUUGUCGGGAUCGAUAUGCUUCUGGCGAGUCCUCUGUCCAGAUGCUAUGCGUCCAUUACAGGGAUCAGAACUGAGCGCCUGCUAAUGAUAUUGCGGCUCUGUUCAGCAUGGCUUCUAUCAAUGCUUACGACGCUCCUUCUGCACGAAAAUUGCCUGGCCGGUUGGAAGUCUUUCUGGAGCGUCUGUGACGCCGAGAACCCGCGGCACGAACUUUUCAACUGGCAGAUCUGGAACGAGUCCAUCUUAAGCACAACUACUGACAUGUGCCAGCUUGAGGCUGACUGGUGGCAUAGCGGGCGCUGCAGCAGAGCUGUCAUUGAAGGGUUGGCACCCCUACUCUUGAAAAAGAUGAUCUUAAGAACGUGCCUGCAGCCAAUUCUUUUGCUGAUAACGUGGCAGCUCUCGCAACUGGGAUCCGAAAAUGGUUCUGAUGGUGGCCGCCAGCUCAGGCUGUUUCGGGUUGGGCCUGUCACUAGCGGGUGCCUCUCGCCAAUACAACAGCACGCGCUGCUGACGACAUACAUGGAGACAAUCAUAUUCUGGGGGCCACUGAAUCCUCUGGUAAGCUUCUGCGUCGCCACUGCCACUGUAGCCAAUGUGCUGCUCUUCUCCAAAGCUGUUAACGAAUUGGGAGUGCGGCUGCCGACAGAUGCUGCAAAUAGCCGCGCAACCUUGUCUCGUUCGUAUUUGAAGUGCUCCAUUAUUGCGGCUUCUACAUUUCAGACCUGGCAUGCAUUCGGCACUGGCAUGAACGGGCAAGGGCUCUUGGUCUUAACAACAGCGGUCGUUACUGGCCUUUCCAUCGUGCCUAUUGCGCCUUUGCACUGCCGUGGUUUGCUGGGAUGCUUGCGGUGGCUGAUUUGGAGACCAAGCAGCCCGCAAGAAGAGGCACGAUUACUGACAAAAAGGGUGCUGAGGUCUUGA